AUCACAACUUACUUGCCUACUGCUUGUUUGCCAUAGUAGACAAGUCUGAGAGCAUAGUCUUUGUUUCUCGUGUUACUGCUCUAUCAAUUCCAGGUUUCCUCCCGGCGCAGAUUGUCUCGCCCGCUCAGCACCCUUCCCAGACAGUCCUCCCCGCACCGCUGAGCGUUCUGCUCGCCCAGCGACAAAGAUGGCUGAAGAAGCUGUCACUGAUGCCCUCCAAACUCCUGUCGACCACAAUGCACAAGCUAGUGAAGAUGCAAAGAAGUUGCUAGCUGAGUUGCAAGGCGACUCCGAACAGCCAAAAGACGUCUAUGGUACUGCGGAGGGUGAGAAAGCAGAAACCGCUGCAGACAAGACCAACGAGACUACCAAAGACGCAUCUGAUGAUAAGAGAGAGGAUGGUGAUAGACGUCGUGAACAUCGCCACGAACGAUCAGACCGUGGUCGUGGUGGUCGAGGUCGAGGCCGAGGUGAUCGAAACGGCCACGGACCUCGCAACUACCGCAACAACAUCAAGUCCGAUUUCACUCAACAGGAAAUCAGCAGUGAUCCAGUAGCCAUCCGCAAACAGGUUGAGUUCUACUUCUCCGACUCCAAUCUGCCAAAAGAUAAAUUCCUCCGUGAAUCGGUCCGUGAGAGCGAGAACAACUCAGUCGAACUAGCAAAGAUCUGCGACUUCAAACGCAUGCGCCACUUCCAGCCACUCGAGGCAGUUAUUGAGGCAUUGCGGGAAUCAACUUUUGUCGAGCUCACAGACAAUGACACCCGUGUCCGACGAAAGGAGCUGCCAGCGGAUUGGGAUGAUCCAAACAAAAUCACCGUUUUCGAAGACGCUGCCAUGCCCCGCAGUGUCUAUGUUAAGGGUUUCGGUGAAGAGGUCCCAAGCACACAAUUCGACAUUGAGGCCUUCUUUGCUGAAUACGGUCCCACCAAAGCAGUCCGUCUGCGACGCACCAAUGAUAAACUGUUCAAAGGCAGCGUUUUCGUCGAGUUCGAGACAGAAGAAUUGCAGAAAGCGUUCCUCGAGUUAGACCCGAAGCCGAAGUUCAAGGGCAAUGACCUGCAGAUCAUGAGCAAGAAGGAGUAUUGCGAAAAGAAGGCGGACGACAUCAAAGAGGGCAAAAUUCAACCUAAUCAGAGAUACGACCAGGGCAGACGCAAUGACCGUAGUGGUCGAGACUCCAGACGCAAGCGAGAGGCCGAAGACAAUCGAGACUGGAGAACCCGCCGAGAUGAGGACAGAAAGCGUGGUUUCGGAGAUGAGAAGAGACGUGGUGAUCGUGAUUCGCGGGGUGGCAGAGGUGGCAGAUCGUAUGAGACUGCAAAGGAUGACCGAGGAAUUCCCACCGUCAAGUCUUCGUCUGGACCAAAAGACUCUGGCCGCGAUGAUGCGCUCGCGAACGCUAGAGCAGCUGUUGCAGCAGAGAACAAGAAGGAGCAGGAGAAACAGGUGGCUGCGGACAAUGUCGAGUCGACAGAGCAGAAUGGUGCGGCUGAUGCUUCGACAGCGACCGCAGGCAAGAAGCGAGCUAGAGAGGACGAUGACGGAGGGCGAACGAGAGACGAAGAAGGUUGAUGUCAAGCAGGAAGAUGUUCCCGCGCCAGCAUCGUGAUCCAGAUGCUGUCCAUGAUUGCGUUCUGGUGUGGACGCGGACAGGAAGGGAUAUGGAAGAAAAAUCUUUGUGGGUGGUGAACACCUUUUAUCUCUGCGUGCUGAGCUUAGGGAGCAGUUGUCUGUUUGCCCAGGAAUGGAUUGGCUGGAUUGGUGUUGACAGGUUGGCCCACAGCAAGCAUAGCAUAUGUACUUUUUUUCAGAGACACAACAGCAUGACUGGCUGAUACGCACAACACACGUGCAUUGCAUAGGGCAUUAGAUCAAUACUAGUACUCUCGUCACCA